UGCAAGUAAAUCGAAAUUUUAUAAGUUUUAAAAGCACAUUAGACAACCAUUUUCAACGUUCAAAGUUUGCACAACAACAUAGCUCGUAAAGUGUAUCACUAGGUUCUCAAAAGCAUGCAUCCACUACGAGAACGGGCAUGCGAUGAGCUUCUGGAAAACCCACUCCUGCGCACACCGCCCCCGGAGCCGGAGCGACCACGCCCACCUCGAGUGCGCAAACCAAGGGUCUUCAAACUCCCACCCCGUUUUCCACUGCUGGACAAAGAAUUCUAUGCCAAGUGGUGUAAUCAUCAAAAGGAGCUGCAACUGACGACCCACAGAGUAGACGAUAGUCCUCCCGAAUUGUUCCCUGAGUUAUAUCUGAAGCCUCGCAGGCUGGAUUACUAUGCUCGACAGCUGGAGGAGAACAUGAAUGUUAACAAGGAACUCUUGAAAAGGAUUAACAUGAUUCAGAGGACAGGCGGCUUCGUUGAUUGCUGGAUAAAGCCAGAGCCAACGAACACUUACAAUAAGCUUCUGUGCAAGCAGAGACAAAGGAUGUUGAACGAAAUACGUCAACAGAAUCUCUACUUUUACUCAAGACUGCUGAUUGCGAGAUCAGAGCAACUUUUGACUAAGGAGCUUGAUGAGCUUUGGAAAGAUACUAAGCAUAAACUAAUAUUGGGUGCCUCACUGCCUUUUAUUUUAUUCAAGACCGAGAAGAUCGAUCGCGACAUAAGAGAUCCAGCUUUUGACAAACCUCCAAGUGUUCAAAGAACCAAAGUAUCAAUGGAAAUCUGGGUGCUUGGUGGCUCGAAGAUCGGGAAGGUGACCGUUGAGCUGUUCAACGACCUGGUGCCAAAGACCUGUGCGCUCUUCUUGAGUCUAAUCAAAGGCGAUAACAAUGGACAUGCAUAUAUGGGCACACGGUUCUUCAGAGUUGUGCCGAAUCUGUAUUGCCGUGGUGGUGAUGUAACGAAAGACAACGGUUUUGGCUGCUACCUGCCCGAGGGUGAAGUGGAACCCAUGGGAGCUGAAAGCUAUAGGCUCAAACAUACUGUCCCAGGAGUACUUUCAAUGGUAGUGACACCAGACAACGAAGUGUGCGGACAGUUCAACAUCAUUUUUAAACCGUUACCGCAGUUCGACGGGAAACAUGUUGUUUUUGGACGAAUAGUGGGUGGCCCUACUCAAGCCCUAGAGAGGAUCAGCGCACUAGGGCUGCCGCUCGGCACCACCACCUCGGACUGCAUCAUCCGCUACUGCGGCUGGUUCACUCGCGCCGGCCAGUACCGUGAAGGCAACCCUAACACCAUCAAGUUCCCGCCUAGGAGAAAAGCGAAGAAGUAG